AUGAAGGGGGAACGAUCAGGAAUGGGGAGAAAAGAGCCGGAUGCCAUUAUUUCAGAAGAACUUUCUGGGAAGAUUUCUGGGUUGAUGGGUAGGAUGAAGAGCAUCACACUGCUCUGGGUGCUGUUUUCAAGUUGGACCAUCCAAACACAAGCUCAGAUGAGGAUAUCGCCUGAAACGGUUCAACAGUGGGUCAAUGCCUUUGGAAAACAGAUUUUGGCCUUGUCAAACAGAUACUCAGGUGCCCAACUCUUACAGAAGAAAUAUCAAGAUGUGGAGCCUAUUGUCAAGAUGGUGGAAGUGGAUGGUUUAAAGAUGGUGAGGGAAUUUGCUGAAGAAAUGGAGAACAUGCUGGGCAGGAAGAUGAAGUCGGUCAAGAGAAUGGCAGAGAUAGCAGAGGAUGCAGAUUUCUAUCAUGAAUAUAAUGCCACAUUACAGUUUGACUACUACAAUUCCAUGAUGAUUAACACAGUGGACGAGGAUGGGAACAAUGUAGAGCUGGGAGGUGAUUUUCCUCUGGAGGAGAAUGAACACUUCAACAAUCUGCCUGUCAAUACUCUGCAGAGUGUCAUACAAGUGCCCACCAAUGUCUAUAACAAAGAUCCUGAUAUUCUGAACGGAGUGUUUAUGUCAGAAGCUCUGAAUGACGUGUUUAUCAGUAACUUUGAGAAGGACCCGACUCUAACCUGGCAGUACUUUGGCAGUUCAACUGGAUUUUUCAGACUUUACCCUGGUAUCAAGUGGACACCUGAUGAAAAUGGAGUUGUCACGUUUGAUGGCAGGAAUCGCAACUGGUACAUCCAGGCAGCCACGUCCCCCAAAGACAUCAUCAUCGCUGUGGAUAUCAGCGGCAGUAUGAAGGGUUUGAGGCUCACUAUUGCUAAACACACCAUCAACACCAUUCUAGACACACUCGGGGAAAACGACUUUGUCAACGUCAUUGCAUACAGUGAUUACGUCCGGUAUGUAGAACCCUGUUUUAAAGGCACUCUGGUACAGGCCGACUUGGAUAACCGUGAGCACUUCAAACUUUUGGUGGAGGAGUUGCAGGUAAAAGGUGAAGGAAAGGUGAAGAAAGCCAUGAAAGAGUCCUUCAAGAUCCUGAACGAGGCAGCAGCAGAAGGCAGGGGUAGUUUAUGUAACCAGGCAAUCAUGUUGAUUACUGAUGGAGCCAUGGAGGAUUUCCAGAAGGUGUUUGAGGAGUUCAACUGGCCAGACCGCAAGGUGCGCGUGUUCACAUAUCUAAUUGGACGAGAGCUAACAUUUGCUGACAAUGUCAAAUGGAUUGCCUGCAACAAUAAAGGUUACUACACCCAUAUCUCUACUCUGGCGGAUGUACAGGAGAAUGUGAUGGAAUAUCUUCAUGUGCUGAGCAGGCCAAUGGUCAUCAACCAUGAUCAUGACAUCAUCUGGACAGAGGCUUACAUGGACAGUGUGCUACCCAAUACAGCUGAGCUUUUUAACACACAGGCUGAGAGUUUGCUGCUGAUGACCUCUGUGGCCAUGCCUGUGUUCAGCAAGAAAGAAGAAACACUGUCUCACGGUAUCCUCCUUGGUGUGGUUGGCACUGAUGUCCCUUUAAAAGAGCUCAUGAGAUUGGCUCCUCGAUACAAGCUGGGAGUUCACGGCUAUGCAUUCUUAAACACUAAUAAUGGUUAUAUACUCUCUCAUCCUGACCUUCGACCUCUGUAUAAAGAUGGUAAGAAGCUGAGGCCAAAGCCUAACUAUAACAGUGUGGAUCUGUCAGAGGUGGAGUGGGAAGAUACAGAAGACGCAUUGAGAACAGCAAUGGUAAGAGGGGAAAGUGGGACACUCUCUCUGGAUGUCAGAGCAACAGUAGAUAAAGGAAAGAGAGUUGUCUUCCUGAAAAAUGAAUAUUUUUACACCACCAUCAAUGAAACUCCAUUCAGUCUUGGGAUUGUACUUACCAAAGGUCACGGGAAGAAUGUUUUCAUCGGAAAUGUUUCAAUUGAAGAGGGCCUACAUGACCUGACUGCAUCUGAUGUCACUAUUGCUAAUGAAUGGACAUACUGUGAGACAGACAUCGAUCCACAUCACCGCAAAUUGACGCAGUUUCAGGCAGUGGUUCGAUAUCUGACAGGAAAAGAACCAGAGCUGGAGUGUGAUGAAAGACUCCUGCAGCAGACUCUGUUUGAUGCAGUGGUCACAGCUCCUAUGGAAGCCUACUGGACUGCACUGCUGCUCAACGCCUCCGGUAUUGAUGCGGGUGUGGAGACGGCGUUCCUGGGCACGCGGUCAGGCCUCACGAGGAUAAUAAGAUAUAUCGGAGUAGAGAAACGUGUGGCAAAAAAAUUCUUAUCUCCAUCUGAUAAGGAGAAUAUUUUUACUCUGGACCAUUUCCCUGUUUGGUAUCGGCGUGCAGCAGAGAAUCCAGCUGGACGCUUUUUGUACUACGUUCCCACAGAGGACAGCGCACGAGUGGAUGGCAGGUUUGUGAUUGCUGUCACAUCUGUUACAGUCUCUGUGAACAAAAAGACAGCAGUUGCUGGAGCCAUCGGUGUACAGAUGUCUCUUGAGAUGUUGGAAAAAAGGUUUUGGUCCAUAGCCACUCAGGCGAAUGACACAGAUUGUUCUGGUGUAGAUGGGCUUUGUCCUCUAAGCUGUACUGAAAACGGGGACGUUAACUGCUACGUCAUUGACAGUAAUGGCUUCAUCAUCAUCUCUAAGGACAGGACUGAUGUUGGCAAGUUUCUGGGGGAAAUCGAUGGGUCGGUAAUGUCACAGCUCUUGAGAAUGGGCAUGUUUAAAAGAGUGUUACUCUAUGACUAUCAGGGCAUGUGUAAGGUGAAUACUCACUCUGCUAGCGGCGCUCGACCCCUGCUAAGUCCCUUUUUUAAUCUUCUGGCAGCACUGAAAUGGUUCCUAUCGAACUUCUUGUUGUUUUUACUGGACUUCAACAUCUAUGGUCUAUGGCAUUCAGAUCACUUUGUGGAGGCCAAGGCCUUAUUCCAUUCAUCUGGUAAGAAGUCAAAGGGGGGCAUUCUGCAGCCAUGUGACACUGAGUAUCCCAGCUUCAUCUACGACUCGUCAAUCAAAGAAACCAACAGCCUGAUCAAGUGUGGGAGAUGUCAAAAGGUUUUUGUAAUUAAUCAGAUUCCAGACAGUAACUUGCUGUUGGUGGUGAUUCAGGCAGAUUGUGACUGUUCUCGGCAGUACGCACCCAUCACCAUGGAGCCCAAAGAGGUCAAAUACAAUGCUUCAGUCAAAUGUGACCGCAUGAGAUCUCAGAAGAUAAGAAGAAGGCCUGAGUCUUGUCAUGCUUACCACCCUCAAGAAAAUGCCAAGGACUGCGGAGGGGCUGUGGCAAUCAGCCUGUCCAUCAUGCUGUUCCUAGCCUGUUUAUCAGUGUCUGCACUCAUCCGUCGAUGACAGAGGGCCUGCUAAACGCCCAAGAGAGUCACUGAGAGUGCACAGACACACUUAACACAGCAUGUUUUAUUAGCAAUAAUAUGAGUUUAAACUAGAGCACACAAGUUUUCUACAGUGAAAAGUCUUCAACAUCAAGUAUAUGUAGCUUCACUCAUUAUAUUUUACAAGUUUGUGGAUUUUUUUUUUUUUUACUGGACUUUUAUGACUUUGUCUUGACACCAUAUCUGAACCAUCUGCAAAAAAUCAGUAUCAACAAUGAGGAUGGACCAAAAUGAGACCCAGACAAGGAUGAACAGAAGCUAAGCUUCAUUGAACUGUGACAUUACAGAAGGGAAUUUAUGGCAUCCAUGGUUUCUCCAGGCCAUAUGAUGCAGGAGAAAAGUGCACAAAAUGUGGAUAAGAUAUUUGUGUGUGUGUGUAAAAGAGAGAGUGAGAGAGUCUGAGAAAGAGAGAGAAAACAGGAAUAUUUCACAUUGCUUUUCACAGCUGUCUUUGUCACCAGAGAUGAUUGUAGGACGAAUAAAUGGCAUGAAAAUGUCUCUUAGAUGUUGUUUCAGGAAGAUGUCUUGUAUUUAAACCUUAGUUUUUGGUUGUCUGUUCUACAACUUGCACAAUUUUUUGUGACAAUUAAUAUUUCUAUGCAUUAUUAACUAAUUUAUCGUCAUUAUUGAUCAAAUCUCAGUCAGAAUAAAUUACAAAAAUGUGUCAUGUUUACUUUCUCACAUUAAAAAUCGCAUAGUGUGUGUUUUCGCUCAGGUAUAAAUGCACAAGAAAGAAUUUUUUAAGUGUGUAUGUGCGUCAAAUGUAACUGUUACUGACACUGUGAAUAUUGCAUUACAGAAAUCCCAUGUGUCUUAUUGUAUGCCCAAAUCUUUUAAAUGUUUUUGAGUUAAAUGAUGAACAUCAGUGGUCUAUACUGAUAUAUAUAUAUAUUCUUAACUUUUGAAUGGUAAUGUAUCACAUUUUCCACAGAAAUAUAAUGUAGCAUUUUUUCAUUACAUUGAAAAUAAUAAAAAUUGUCUCUUG